UCUCCCCACCGCAUCGCCAUCGCGUCUCCUCGCCGUCCCACUUUCCAGAAACACCCUCCACCCCCCACCUCACCGGCCCCUCCGCGCCGCCCGCACCCGGCGCGGCGAGCUAGGUCUUCCCGUCGCCGGGCCGGCGUUCCCACCACCCGGCCGCCACCAUGGGGUUCGACGACGACGACGAGGAUCUCGUCGUCUACGGGACGCCGAUCGAGCGGGAGGAGGACACCUCCGCACGCAAGCGCCGGGCCGUCGCCGAGGCCGGCCAGCUCCGCGCCCUCCCCGCCUGGAAGCAGGAGGUGAGAGAUGAGGAAGGGCGAAGAAGGUUUCAUGGUGCAUUUACGGGAGGUUUCUCAGCUGGUUAUUACAAUACCGUUGGCACAAAAGAGGGAUGGACUCCACAGACUUUUACAUCGUCACGGAAAAAUAGGGCUGAGAUGAAAAAGCAAAGCAUAUACAGUUUUCUCGAUGAGGAAGACAUAAAGGAUAUGGGAGGUAAUGCCUUGGAAACAUCUCAGCAGUAUGAUACAUUUGGUUUUACAGCUACAGAACAUGCCCGAAAGCAAGCUUCCAAGGAGCAGAAAGAGAGACCAUCGGCUAUACCUGGGCCUAUUCCUGAUGAGCUGGUGGUCCCUGCUACUACUUCUAUUGGAGUGAAGUUAUUGAUGAAAAUGGGCUGGCGCCAAGGUCGUUCAAUUAGAGAUGCACAUGCUGACUCCUUAUACGAAUCGCGCAGGGAAGCAAGAAAAGCCUUCCUUGCACUCUCUGGUACAAAAACUGGUGGUCAAAAAAUACAAGUUGAUUCACACAAGUCUGAUAAGGAUGAUGGUGCCACAGAAUCAUUUGAGGAGUUACAUGCCUCUGGAAAUACCCCUGUAUACGUUCUUCAUCCCAAGCAGGACUUGCAUGGGUUAGGUUUUGACCCAUUCAAGCAUGCUCCUGAGUUUAAAGAUAGGAAAAGAUUGCAGAAGUCAGCGAGGGACCGUAAUAGAAGUGAUGUUUCAAUGAGGGGGAGUCUUCUGAUUUCAAACUCAGGACAAUAUGCUCCUGGCUUUGGGAUUGGAGCACUUGAGGAGCUAGGUGUUGAAGAUGAGGAUAUUUAUGCAUCAGGUUUUGCUUAUGAACAAAUGGAAGUUGAUAUUGAGCCUUCAAAAACAGCCAGCGAUAGUAAUUAUAAACUUGAAGACAGGAAAAGAGGUGUCUUCCUGGCUUUUAAAAUCGCCUCAAGUUCUGAGUACAAGCUUGAAAGAUUUGAUCCUCCUGAGAUCCCAUCUGAUUUUGAUGGUCGCCACAAGUUUCUAACUCCACGACAGGAUGUUAAUAACCUUUCUGAUCUGGCUCCUCCUGAGGUUCCUGCUCCAGAAGAUACUAGCUUGAGAUUAUUGAUUGAGGGUUGUGCCGCUAUGGUUGCUCGUUGUGGGAAACAUAUUGAGGAUUUUUACAAAGAGAAAAGCAAAACAAAUACACAGUUUAAUUUCCUCAAUGAAGGAGAUGGCUGUAGCUACUAUGCAAGGAAGUUAUGGGAGUAUCAGCAGAAAUAUAUUGACCAGCAAAAGCCUGAUACUGUGCAAUCCAAGUCUUCUGACAAGUUGACUGCUGAAAAUCGUGGAAAGAUUCUUGGUGAAAGGCCCCUUGAUAGAAGCACUAAAUCAUCUAGCUCAUCCUUCCCUGCAAAGGAAGCAAUUCAACUGCAGUCCAAUCUGGCUGACAACUUUGUGAAGCCAAUAUCUCUUGACGGCCUACCAGAGUAUGAAAAGCCUUUCAGAAAUGAUCCUGCAAAGCAAGCAAGGUUUGAGCAAUUUCUUAAGGAUAAAUACCAAGGAGGCCUUCGCCCUGCAAAUCUUAUACCUACAAGUACUAUGUCAGAUGUUGACCGUGCCCGGGAAAGACUAGAUUUUGAGGCUGCUGCUGAGACAAUUGAAAAGGGCAAGGAAAAAAAGGCUAUGGAUCCUUUAUCAUUGUUGGGUUUAUCUGGAAUAAAUGAGCAACGUUUUGUAUCAUCUACUGAAUCAGAGAGAUCUAUACCUGCACGAGAUGAGAAAUCAAUUUAUCCACGAAGGGAGGAAUUUGAAUGGCGACCAUCACCAAUACUGUGCAAGCGUUUUGACAUAGUUGAUCCUUUCAUGGGAAAGCCAUUUCAUGUUCAAAGGCCAAGAAGUAAGAUGGACAGCCUUAUCUUCAUGUCAGAAUCCACCACGAGGACAAACGAAGUGGAAAGUUCGAGUAUUGCUCCACAGCAUACUUCUGUGGCAGGAGCAACAGAGACAGAAGCAAAGGGAGCUGCGACUGACCCUGAAAUUGAGUCCAGCAGUGUGCAGAGACCUGUUGAUCUUUACAAGGCUAUCUUUUCUGAUGAUUCAGAUGAUGAUAUGGCUGAACCUCUUGCUAAUCAACCAGUGGAUCCAGUAAAGACCAGUGAAGAUGCCAAUAUGGUUCUCAAUCGUCUUGUUGCUGAGGAUUUCCUAGAAUCAUUGGGUAAAGAACUGGGGUUGGAUGUUCCACCAGAAAAGCCCACACCACCCAAUGUCUUAUUUAGAUCAGAAACACCUUCAACAGCUAAUGCAAUUGGCAUAUCUAGAAACAGAAAGGCAAUUACUUGUCAGGAAAUAAAGGAGAACGAGAGUGCUCUUGACAAGGAGGAAAUUGCCAAUGCCAGUGCAGAUGUUCCAUCAGAUAAUGUUGAAGAGCUUGGUUUGAAAUAUGAGAAGCAGGAGCAUAGAGCUGAGAAAAGCAGGUCACGCUCUUCGCACCGUCAAACCCAAAGUGGUAGUCUAGAUUCAGAUUCGACCUCUGAUCAGCAUAGGAGUAGGGAGAGAAGAUCACGCCAUAAAAUUCGAAGUGGAACUCCAGGUUCUGAUUCUUCUAUUGAGCAUCAUAGGAGUAAGAAAAGAAAGUCACAUUCAAAGCAUAGAACACGCAGGAGUAGAAGUCCUUAUGCUGAUUCCAGUGACAGCCAAUAUACUAAGAGGAAACACCGUGAGAAAAGGCAUCACCGGACUCGCAAUCCUGAUACUGAUUCUAGUGAUCAUGAAUAUGAGGAAAGACAUAAAUCCAGUAGUCGAAGAUCAUCUGAUAAAGACAGAUCCAGAAGGCGUUCUAGACACCACAAACGUUGAGGAAAAGAUUCCACAAAGCAUUCAUUAGUGAUAGCUACAAGAAGUUUUGAGGGAAAAAUCAGUGAAGAGAAAUCCCCAAUCAAGGAAAUUCUGGUAAACUAUUUCAGGACACACAUAUGGUGACUGUUGAGGCAGAUAUUCUUAUUAAGUGCUUUACACAAUUUUUUUCUUAAUUAGUUUGCUGUCCUGUAAUCCUUGGGUGCAACCAUUUUUUCUUUUCUGCAAUGUACUGCAUAGUGCCCCAUGUUCACAACAUUUAAUUGAGUCAGUGGGUUCUGUACAUACAUGUGCAAUCAUAGACUAUUAGACAUACUAGGAUCUUCUCUCUAUUAAUCUACAGGAUGUAGUGUUGCUGCAGUUAGUAGGAUUUGUAACCGCCCUAUUUAUGUAACAAACUUUUUUCUCCUUAAUUAAUUUGCAUAUUCUCCAAGAAGGAAAAACUAUAGGAUGGAUGCUUAUGGAAAGAUUGUGUUUUGCUGGAUGAGCAAGUUCUGUUCUUUA